AUGGAGAGUUCUCAUGGAAACAUGGAGGGUACGGGAGAGGGGCCCACGUUUUGCAUCUCUUGUUGUCGAAUACCUCGAAACACACAUCACUGCGGUAGGCUGUGGGAUUACUCGCAAGAGCAUAGAGUCUCCCGCGCAGCUCCACCAGCAGAGGAUUAG